UUUCCCGGAAUUUUCACACGCUUUUCCUUCGUCUUCCUCACCUGCGUCUGCGUGCGCUUCGACUGGUGCAUCGGGUCAAAGGCCUUUUCUGCAACCACGGGGAAGGGAUUGAUGGCUGUUGGUUGGAUCGUGGCGUGAAUUUUGAAUGGAAGCGAUGGAGGAGCAAUUACGAGAAGCGUUGAGGGGCAUUUAAUUUCCCCCAACCAACAUCAACUGCACCUCUUUAUUUCCUCCAUUAAUACUCUCGCUUCAAGUCAACCGUCUAUCGUGUGUUGCAGAUUAGUAACCCUAUUUAAUUGGUGUUUUUUUUGGUGUUGUGUUCUGUGUUCUGUUCCUGUGCUGUUCCCCCCCGUUGCCGCGUUCGUGCUGAUGAAGUGAGAAUUGUGGUAUCGCCUGCAUAAGAUGUUUGCUCGUGUUCGCCGAUUCAUCAUUGUUUUAGGUUUUGGACUUUUAGCACUCACGUCGCUCGCUGCUGCUGCGUGUAAUCGAACUUGUGGCAGUUCACCCGUGCCAUUUCCGUUUGGAUUCACCGAAGGAUGUGCAAUCCGGUUGAACUGUACUAGAGAUUUGAAUUUGAUGAAGAUUGGGGAAUUUACAGUUUUGAAUUUAACGUCCGAUCGGAUUUUGGUAAGUGUUCCUCCAAAUUGCACCCGUUCGAUCGAAGAUUUAUCCUCGCUGAUAGGCACGAACUACUCGCCGACGGUGAACAACGCUCUUCUGUUAGAUCACUGCGUCAGGCCGAUCAAUGACUGCUUGUUUCCUGACAGACUGCUCAAGAGGUUAGGGAUCGGAGUAGACGGUUGCAUCGAUUCCACCAAUAAUCAAACCAUGAGUUGUUAUAUAGGAGAUACUAACGACGAUUCUGAGUUUUUGGACUAUAAAAGGAUGAAGACACUGAAUUGCAGCGGCCUGAUUUCGUCGGUAAUGGUAGGUUUGAUAGGGAAUGCUAGUGUGAACACCACUGUUUCUGCUUCAUUGGAUUUCCGGAUGAUGGAGCUCAAAUGGUGGGUAAAUGAAAGCUUUCCCUGUGUUAGCAAUGCCAACACAAUUCGACACCACGUCAAAAAUGCUACCCAAAUCCGCUGUGAAUGUAAAGUAGGUUACACCGGAGAUGGUUUCGCCGACGGCGAGGGUUGCCGGCAAGUUAAUGCUUCUGCACCAGCACCACAGCAGCUCAGCCCACAAAGGUCUAGCCAUGGUAGAAUUACAGCACUCAUUGCAGGGAUUACUGUUGGAGCCUCCAUGUUGGCUACUCUGGCAGCCAUCUGCUACUGUAUCAGGCGACGCACCGAGCUUCUAAAGAGCCGGCUGAGCGCAAAGCGGCUGAUAAGCGAAGCAGCCGGAUGCUCGAGUGUCCCAUAUUAUCCUUACAAGGAAAUCGAGCGAGCAACGAAUGGAUUUUCCGAGAAACAGAGGUUGGGAACCGGCGCAUACGGCACAGUUUACUCUGGGAAGCUCCACAACUUUGAGAUGGUAGCGAUCAAGAAGAUAAAACACCGCGACCACGAGAGUGUUGAGCAGGUCAUGAACGAAAUCAAGCUCCUGUCCUCUGUGAGCCAUCCAAACCUCGUCCGUCUUCUAGGCUGUUGCAUUGAGAACGGUGAACAGAUUCUUGUUUACGAGUACAUGCCGAACGGCACCCUGUCUCAGCAUCUACAGAGAGAGAGAGGCCCCGUCUUGCCAUGGACGAUACGUCUAACCAUCGCAGCAGAAACCGCUCAUGCAAUCGCCCAUCUUCACUCGGCGAUCAAUCCUCCGAUAUACCACAGAGACAUCAAAUCCAGCAACAUUCUGUUGGAUUACGAGUUCAAGUCGAAGGUCGCAGAUUUCGGUCUUUCCAGAUUCGGCAUGGCGGACGACUCCCAUGUUUCGACGGCGCCGCAAGGUACGCCCGGCUACCUCGACCCUCAAUACCACCAGAACUUCCACCUUUCGGAUAAAAGUGACGUGUACAGCUUCGGCGUGGUUCUUGUCGAAAUCAUCACGGCGAUGAAAGUCGUAGACUUUUCGCGACCGCACAGCGAUAUCAACCUGGCUGCGCUGGCAACAGACAGGAUAGGAAAGGGUCGAGUCGACGAGAUAAUCGAUCCAUACCUGGAGCCACACAGAGACGCGUGGACACUCUCGUCGGUUCACAAACUGGCUGAGCUGGCGUUCCGAUGCCUCGCCUUCCACAGGGACAUGAGGCCGUCGAUGAUGGAAGUGGCGGACGAGCUGGAACAGAUCCGGCUCAGCGGUUGGGCGCCGAUGGAAGAGAAUAUCCACAUGGGAUCCUCCGUCGCCUCCUCUUGCUCGUCUCCGUACCAAGGGAGCGAGACGUCGUUCAACAAUUCGACAAGUAAGCGCACAGGAUUGGGUAGCCGGCGAUUGAUCGUUCCACAGAGAACGGUCGCGGAUGAACUGCCUGUAACAGACGAGAUGAAGGAUUGUUCCCCUGUCUCCGUUCGGGAUCCAUGGCCGAGCGAGCAGAGCUCGCCGUCCGCCAACAGCUUACUCAGUAAUAUAGUCAGCCAUGGCUUCUCGGAUCGACAACCCGACUAACUUUCCGGGAUUCGGCAUUUGAAAACUGCCCAACGACACGAGCGUGAGGCACGGUUGCUUCACCCCGGGCAAGGGCGUCGACGUUUUCGAGAAGGUAUUUAGUAGGGAGACGGCCUACGACGUACCCCUCCUCGUUCCCUUCCCGGUCGAGGAAGGCGAAAUGAGGAAUGCCUUCAACCCCAAACUCAUCUAGCUCUUGUUCCCACUUUGUAUUGUCGACAUUCAACAU